AUGAGUCGUGUACUGAGAUAUUAAAAAAAGAAGAAGGAUGAUGGUAUUUAAUUAAUUUAUUCAUUAGGACCAUUACUUAAAAUAAAUUUUGCAAAAUUUCCAAAUUUACCAAAAAUAAGGGAAGAAGAGGAUAGAUUAUAAGGUUUUAUAAAUUCUUUUGAAUCAGACAGCUAGUAUUUUGUUAGAUAUAAAAUUAGGUUAUCAUUCUAAGAAAGAUCUUGUUAAUUAAGAACUAUGACAGCAUCAUUUACUAGAGGUUUAAAAACUACAUCUAGUUCAAGGGAAAAAAAGGAUUAAAAAAAAGUUGAUGAAAAUUACACCAUUUAUGGAUUAUCUAAAAUAAAAACAGCAAGAAGUCCACUUUUAACAUAAAGAUAAACACCAAAUCCAUAUGAAUAAGAAUAAAAAUUUGAAAAAUCAAAUUAAGAAUGGUUUGAAUAGUCUUAAACUUCAGAAGCACCUUAAGCUAAAGUUUUGUUUUAUAAUCAAAGAAAAAAGUAUAUUGAAAUAAUUAUAUAGAUCUUUUUUAUGGGAAGAUGCAAAAGUUAUUAAUUAUAAUCAGGAUACUUAAAAAUUUCUUGUUUAAAAGUUUCCUGAUGGUUAAACUAAAUCUGUUGACAGACUUUCCAUUAAAUUUAUUAAUCAAGAUGAAGAAUUAUUUAGAGUAGCCACAGUAAGAAGGUUUAUAUUUCAUUUUAUUAAAAUAUAGUUAGAAUAUAAGAAUACAUUAAAAAGAAGAAAUGAAAAGACUUAGAGAAAUUAAUGCAAUAAGUGAUAAUGAAGUCAAUAAAGCUCCUAUAUCUUUAAUUAAUUCACUUUUUAGCAGAUUUUAGUAUGCUAAAAAAUUAUAACAUGUUGAAGCUUUACUUGAAGAAGUUAAUUAAAAUUAUAUACUAUUUUAAAAAAAAUGUUCAUUUAUUGAAGAUGCUUGUGAAUAUAAAUAAAUUUCUAAAAUAGAAAGAAGAUAUUAAUAUUUUUCUACUUUCUAAAUUAAUCUUGAAAAAGAAGCAAUUUUAUUAAAAAAAGAUGGUUAUAAAGCUAUGAAGUAGUUAAUUACUAGAUUAAACUAAAUUAAUAUUGAGAUAAUACAUUAAAAGGAUUUUAAAUUUCCAAUAAUUUUAAAUAAAUUUGAUUCUGCUCUUGAAUUAGAAGGAAAAGAGAUAAAAAAAGAAAUUAGAAGAGAAAAAUUCUAUAUACAAUCAGAUUUGUAAGAUAUUUUAGGUUAAAAUUAUAAAUUUGUAGAAACAAAUCGGAAACGAUAUAAUGAUUGUGGGUUGUCAAGAAUUUUGACUAAAGUCGAUCUGAUGUAUUAAUAAAUUAUAAAAGAAAAGGUUCUACAUUAGUUUAAUUACACAAAAGAAUUUUAUGAAAGUUUUAUUCUAAAUUCUUAAUUUUACAAGCCUUUAAAUAAAAAGCCAUUACUAUAACUACAUGUUUAAUGUGUUGUUCAACAAGCACCUAUAAAAAAAUCAAUGAGAAAAUUGAUAAAAGAUUCAAUAAAAGGAGAUGAAGAGAUAAUAUAUAUGGAGCCAAAUUUAUCAUCUAUCUUAAUAGUUUUAAUGAAACCUUUUGAUUUUCUUUAUCAAUUAGUAAUAGAAGGUUAUUGCAUUUAAAGUGAAAUAAUGACUUUACUAUUGUUAGAAAAGAAAAAAUUAUCAGCAGUUAUGGAUUUUUCUCAAUUAUCAAUAAUAAAAGAUGAAACUAUUGCUUUAAUUUCAAAUGAGUAUAAAUGUUGUGAUGACAUUGUAAAAUACUAUAAUAAAUAUUCUCAUUAUUUAAAAGCUUUUAGAUCGAAAGAUUUAUAUGAUAUAUUUGGUUUGGAUCCAAAAGAAGCAGCAACACUAAGUUAAAUGAAUUUUUCAUCUAUAGAAAGUUAUCUAUAUGAAUUAAAAGAAUCUAAAUUAGAUAUUCUAUAAUAUUAAUAAAAUUAGAAAAGAUUUGGAUUAUUUUCUUUAAAUAUUUAUGAAUUGAAACAUACCUUGGUUGAACGUAUAAAUGAUUAAUAAUAAAUGAUAUUUAAUGUAAUUAAAUAUUUAAAUAUUAAUAGAAGAUAUAAGAAAUAUUGAAACAUAAUAUUUAAUAAAUUAAAUAAUAGUUUUAAAUAAUGAGAGAUAAAAGUUAGUAGAUUCCAUAAACUGAAUAAGAAUUAAUGGAACUAAAAUUAUUUUUAGGAGAAAUUAAAGUAGAUUUCUCAAGAAUGUAAUUUGAAGUUCAAUUUGUGUAAAUAAAUAAUUUAUAUAUUUAUGUAGAGAACAAUACUUAAAUUUAUUUGAAGAAUUUUAUUAUUCUUUUGACUUUUAGUUGAUGAUAGAUUAUUAUGAAUUAAUAUAUUUACCUAAAGAUAUAUCAGAUAUAAUUGAAGCCAAUAAAGCUGUACUUAAAUCAUAAGAAGAUAUAUUUUUGAGAAGAUUACAUAAUGAUAAAUAGGAAUUCAUAGCUAAAAUAUUAGAUAUGCAAGCAACAUUUACAAAAAUUAAAUCUUAUUCUUAAUAUGAAAAAUUGAAAGAAUAUAUAAUAGAAAUUAAAAAGUUUUAAGAGUAAUUAGAAAUUUCAAAAGAAAUCAUAUCAGAAUUUAAUCUAAGGGAACUUACAUUUUAAAUAGGAGUGACAAUUUAUAAAGAGUUUGAUAAUUUAUUGCAUGAAUUCUAACCUUAUCAUUAAUUUUGGGAUUUAGCAGUAAAAAUAUUAUAUUUAAUAAUUAGUAAAGAUUUGAUAUUUAAAAAGAAUAAUGGUUGUUUAUGUCAAUUAAAUAAUUAGACCAUUUAGAUAUGUAAUUGUAAAUGUAACAAUUUAAUAAUGAAGCUAUCUAAAUAUUUAAUUAUUUUUCUGAUAUAUUAGAUGACAAUGCAUAAAGUUUAGUAAGAAAUUUAAGAAGAUAAUUGGAUCAAUUUAAAGAUAAUAUUUGGAUAGUUGAAUCUCUGGCAAUUGAGGCAUAUAAAAGGAAACCAAUAUUUUGGAAGGAUUUAUUUAGAGAAUGCUCAUUUCCUUAAUUAGAAAAUAAGGAAGAAAUUACAAUAGCAAAUUUAUUAAAAAAAGGUAUUUUAAAUUAUAAAGAUACUGUUUUAAAAUUAUCAUCUUAAGCAGAGAAAAGUUGGAGUGUUGAAAAAAGAUUGAAUGAAAUGUUUGAUAAACUAUCAAUAAUAGAAUUAGAAUUAUAAUAAUAUAAAGAUACAUUCAUUUUUAAAAAUUAUGAAGAUGUAAUGGCUUAAUUAGAUGAAUAAUUAAAUGUAUUAAAUAUUUUAAAAGCUUAACCUCAUGCUAAAUUUGUAAUAAUAAAGGCUGCUUAAUUAGAAAAUAAGAUAUUACUUAUUUAAGAUACACUUGAAUAGGUUAUGAAAUGUUAAAAGCAUUGGAUAUAUUUAGAUCCUAUAUUUGCUAGUGAUGAUAUAAAAUAGAAAUUAAAAUAGGAAACUUUGGAUUUUAAAAGAAUAGAUUAAUCUUAUAAAAAUUAUAUGAUUAUUUUAAAUAAGAAUAAAUAAUUAUGGGAUCAGAUAGAAAAUGAUAAGAUGAAACAAGAUUUCUCUUAUAAUGUAUAAAUGUUAGAUUAAAUAUAAAGAAGUUUAACAAAAUAUUUGGAAUCGAAGAGAAUAUUAUUUCCCCGUUUUUAUUUUGUAUCAGAUGAAGAACUUGUAGAAAUAAUAGCCUAAACUAAAAAUCCUUAAUAAGUUUAGAAACAUAUAUUUAAAUGUUUUGAGAAUAUAUCUGAAUUGAAAAUAGUUGAUAAUGAAGUUAUAACAGCAUUUUAUUCAAGUCAUUAAGAAAAAAUAUUAUUAGAUGAUGUAAUUAAUUUGAAAAAAGGGAAUAAGAUUGAAAAUGUAGAGAGUUGGUUAUCUGAAUUUUAAACGAGAAUGUAGAAAACAAUUAAAAAAGCAAGUUGUAAUGCUUUAAAAGAUUUGAAUUCAACAAAAAUAGAAAUUAUUAAUAAAUGGCCAGGAUAAAGUGUAUUAUUAAGUAAUUAGAUAAAAUGGACAAGGAAUACUGAAGCAUCUAUAAGAUAAUAAUAAAAAUUAAAUUUGAAACUUUUAGUUUAAUUAUUAAAUAAGGAAUUAUCAACAACAGUAGAUUUAGUUAGAAAUGAAACGAGAUUAAUUUAAAAGACAACUUUAGAAGCAAUGGUAAUUUAGGAAGUUCAUAAUAAAGAUGUGGCUGAAAUGUUAUUAAAUUAAUAGAUAGAAAUAAUAAACUCAUUUGUUUGGAUUUCUUAAUUAAGAUAUUACUAUAAUGAUGAAAAUUCUAUAUAAGUAAGAAUGGUAAAUUCCUCUUUUGAAGUAUUUUAUUAAAUUAAUAAUCAUAGUAUGGAUAUGAGUAUUUGGGUAAGAUCUAAAGAUUAGUAAUAACAGCAUUAACAGAUAGAUGUUAAAGAACUUUGAUGGAAGCAUAUAAAAUGAAUUAUGGUGGUGCUCCUGAAGGUCCUGCAGGAACAGGUAAAACAGAAACUGUUAAAGAUUUGGCUAAAGCAAUGGCAAGACCAUGUAUUGUAUUUAAUUGUUCAGAUGGAUUAAAUUAUAUUGCUAUGGGUAAAUUCUUUAAAGGAUUGGUUACAUCUGGUUCUUGGUGUUGUUUCGAUGAAUUUAAUAGAAUUGAUCCAGAAGUUUUAUCAGUUGUCGCACAAUAAAUUUUUACAAUUUAGAAGGCAAUAAAAUUAAAAUAGGAAUCUUUUUUAUUUGAAGGAGAAGAGAUUAAUUUAGUUCCAACUUGUGCAAUAAAUGUUACUAUGAAUCCUGGAUAUGCUGGAAGAUCAGAAUUACCUGAUAAUCUUAAAAUUCUAUUUCGUCCUUGUGCUAUGAUGGUUGCUGAUUAUGAAAUGAUUGCAGAGAUAUUCUUAUAUAGUAUUGGUUUUGAAAAAGCAAGAGAAUUAAGUAAAUAAAUAGUUACUUGUUUAAAGCUAUGUAAUGAGUAAUUGUCAACUUAAGAACAUUAUGAUUUUGGUAUGAGAACUUUAAAGGCAGUAUUAAAUUCCAUAAAAAAUACAAGGAAUGGAACUGAAUAAGAAAAAAGUUUAACCGCUUUGAUUAUUGUAAAUUAACCAAAAUUAGUGAAUCGUGAUAUUGAAUUAUUCAAAGCUAUUACUUAAGAUUCAUUUCCAAAUGUUUAAUAAUAAGAAUAAGAACAAUUAGAACUUCUAUAGUAAUAAACUCAAAAUAUGAAACUAAUUUAUUAUGAUACAUUAGCAAUUAAAUGCUAAUAAAUUCAUAACAGUAUUUAAGUUAGAAAUGGGGUAAUGUUAGUUGGUUAAACUUUUUCAGGAAAAUCAACAUCUUUAUAAAUUUUAUCAAAUUUAUUGAAAGCAACAAUUCUUAAAUUAAAUCCGAAAGCAAUAAACUCUGAUUAAUUAUAUGGAAAGUUAGAUCCUGAUACAAAAUAAUGGUCAGAUGGAGUUGCUCCAAUAUUGAUUAGAGAGAAUAUACAAAAAGAAAAAUAUGUUUGGAUAGUUUUUGAUGGACCAGUUGAUUCUAUUUGGAUAGAAAAUCUAAAUACAGUUUUAGAUGAUAAUAAAAAAUUAUGUUUAACAUCUGGAGAAAUUUUAAAAAUUCCAGAUAAAAUGUGUAUGAUUUUUGAAGUUGAAAAUUUAUCUGCUGCAUCACCUGCUACAGUUUCAAGAUUGGGUAUGAUUUAUUAUAAUAUAUUUGAUUGGAAAUAUCUUAUUGAAAAUAUGAGAUUACCUAAUCAUUUUGAUCAUAAAUACUUUAUUAAAAGAAUUAAAUAGUAAUUUAUUAAUAUUUAUUAUAGUUUAAUAGAACAUUGUUUAUUAUGGAUGUAAUAUAAUGCAUCAUUUCCUGUUUAUUCAUAACAUAAUAUAUUAGUAAGAUCAUUUUUAAAAUUGUUCUAAAAAUUAAUGUCAUAAUUAGAUUAAAAUGAAAGUGAUACUUUUGUAUUUGAUAAUACUAUAAUAUUUUCAAUCACAUGGUCUUUAGGUGCUGCAAUUAAUGAAUAAAAUAGAAAUUAAUUUAAUACUUUUUUACAUAAGUUACUUAAACAUUAAUAAACAGGAUUGGAUUUAGAAAUUAAUAGAAAAUUAUAAUUUCCUAUUAAUGAAAGAAUAGAUUACUUUUUAUAUGGAUUUAUUAAUUAAAAAUGGUUAGAAUGGACUGAUGUAAUAUUUAAUUAUAUAAUUAUAGAUAUCUGAAUAAUUAUUAAUAACUCCAAGUACUGAUUUUCAUUAGAUAGUAGUUCCUACAAGUGAAUCAAAUAGAAAUGAUUAUUUUUGUAAAUUAGGAUUACAUUUGUUAUAUUGUGGACCAACAGGAACAGGAAAAUCUUUAUCAAUGGCAAAAUUUUCUUAAUUUUAAAUUGCAUGUAGUGGUUAAACAACUGGAAAUAGUUUAUAAAGAUUAAUAGAAACAAAAAUAAAUAAAAGAAGACGAAAAGGAUAUUAUGGAGCUGAAGAAGGAUAGAUUAUAAUAUUUGUAGAUGAAUUAAAUAUGCCUUUUAGAGAACCAUAAGGAUCAUAACCAGCAAUAGAAUUAUUAAGAUAAUGGAUGGAUUAAGGAGGUUGGUAUGAUUUGGAUAAUAAAGAAUUUAAACAUAUGUGUGAUAUUACAUUUUUAUGUGCUAUGUAACCUGCAAGUGGGGGUAGAAAUCAAAUUACAAUGAGAUAUCUAAGACAUUUCAAUUUAUUAUAUAUAGGUGGAUUUGAUACUGCUAGUGUAACCAAUAUUUUACAAGUCUUUGUAGAUUGGGUUAUGAUUAAGUUUAAUGCUACAGAAGAAGUUAAAUCAUUUAAAUAAUAAUUAGUUAUAAAUUCAUUAAAUCUAUAUUCAAAAAUAUAAGAUAGUUUAUUACCAACUCCAUAAAAAUGUCAUUAUAUUUAUAAUCUAAGAGAUGUAUUUAGAAUUUUUGAAGGAAUGAGUAAAGCUUCUAAAUUAUAUACAAUAUCUAAUUUAAUGAAACUUUGGGUUCAUGAAUGUACAAGAAUAUUCAGUGAUCGUUUGGUAGAUUUUAAUGAUAUCAAGAUUUUUUAAAAUAUAAUAAAAGAAAUAAUAGUAGAAGAUAGAAUAAAUUUAAAUAAUAUAUUAUGGAUAUAAGGAACUCACAAUAGUAAUUAUGAGGAAGUAUAGAAUAUUUAAUAAUUGAAAUAAAAGGUACAAGGAAUGCAUGAUGAUUUUAAUGCUUAAAGAUUUUAAAGUAAAUUGUCAUUAAUUUUGUUUACGAAUGCAAUAAUGCAUAUAUUUCGAAUAACUAGAAUUUUGCAAUAGACCUUUGGGCAUGCUUUGUUAAUAGGAAUAGGAGGAACAGGAAGAUGUAAGUCUAAUAAUUAAUAAUAUGUUUAGCAUCGUUAGCCAAAUUAGCAACAUUUAUAGUAUUUAGAUCAGAACCAAUAAUUAUAGAUCCUCGUUCAUGGAAUGAUGAAUUAUUGAAUACUCUAUUAUAAGUUGGAUUAGAGAAUUAGAAAGUUUCUAUAAUAUUCAAUGAUUCAUAAUUAUAAUAAUCAUAUAUGUGGGAAGAUAUAUGCAGUUUAUUAAGUCAUGGCGAAGUAACUCAUUUGUUUACACCAGAAGAGAGAUUAAAAAUAUAAGAAGAAAUGACAUUUUAAAAGUUUUUAUAGAUAUGUAAAUUUAAUGUGCAUGUUAUUUUAUGUAUGUAACCAGUUACAGAAUUAUAUAGAAAGAGAUUAAGAACAUUUCCAACUAUUAUUAAUUGUGCUACUAUUGAUUGGUUUAUGGAUUGGUCAAAUGAAGCAUUAGUAACAACUGCUGAAGAAUUUCUACCUAAUAAUUCUUUAGUCAAUGUUGCUGUUAAUAUACAUUGUAAAGUAUAAGAAAUAACAAUUAAAUAUAAUUCUGAAUAAAGAAGAUAAUUUUAUGUAACACCUACAUAAUAUCUAUAAAUGUUAUAAACAUUUAAACGACUUUAAAGAGAAAUAAGUGAAUAAUCAUUAGCAUUAAUAGAUAGAUUUGAAUCUGGUAUAGAAAAGAUUAUUAAGACUUAAAAAGAAGUAGAUAAAAUCAAAUUAUAAUUAUUUGAAUUAUAACCUUAAUUAGAAUAAGCUACUCUUGAAAAUUAAAAGUUAUUAUAAUAAAUAAAAUUAAAAAAAGAAGAAGCUGAUUAAAAAAGAAGAUUAUGUGAAUAUGAUGAAAUGAUUUGUUAAAAACAUAGAGAUUAAGCAACUGAAUUAAAAAAUAUUUGUAUAACAGAAUUAAAUAAAGUUUUACCACUUUUAGGUUAAGCAACAGAAGCAUUAGAUAAAAUUACAAAAGAUGAUAUGAUUUAAUUAAAAUCAUUUACUAAUCCUCCUUUAUCAGCUGCUGUUGUAAUGGAAGGAUUAUGUUAUGCAUUUUAAGAAGAUGAGAAAGUCAAAUCAAAAAAUAAAGAAUUACCUGUUAUGUAAGAUUAUUGGGAUUAUGCAAAAAAAUAUUUAUUAAAUGAAAAAUUAAUUAAGAGAGUUAAAAAAAUGAAACUUGAAGAAAUAAGAGCUAUUAAAUUACAAAAUAUAUAAAAAUUAUAGAUUUUUAUUCUUAAUCCAUUAUUUGAAAAAGAAAAAGUAUUUAAUGCAUCUAAAGCAGCUGGUAAUUUGGCAUAAUGGAUUAGAGCAGUUUUAGAAACAUAUUAAGCUGUUGAAAUAAUAGAACCAAAAAAAGCAUAAUUAGCAGAAGCUGAAAAAAAAUUAAAAGAAGCUGAAUCUGAUGUAUAAAUUAAAAGAGCAAUAUUAGAAUAAUAAUUAAAUGAACUUAAAUAAUUUGAAAAAGAGUUUGAUCGAGCUAAUUAAGAAAAAUAAUUAAUUUAAAAGGAAGUAGAAACUAUUGAAAAAUAACUUAAUAAAGCUGAAAAGUUAUUAUUUGGAUUGUAAGAUGAAGCUUAAAGAUGGAAAAAGAAAGGAUAGAAAAUUAAAAAUGAAUAAAUUGCUAUUGAAGGAGAUUGUAUAUUAAGUGCUUCUAUUAUUGCAUAUUUAGGAGUAUUUCCUAUCUAAUAUAGAGAUGUAUGUUAAAAUUAUUGGAAAAAUCUUUUAAAAUAGAAUAAUAUCAAAUUUUCAAAUGAUUAUGCCAUCACUAAAUAAUUAUGUAAUCCUAUAAUAAUAAAUAAUUGGAUUACAUAAUAAUUACCUAAUGAUUAACUUAGUAUUGAAAAUGCAAUAAUACUAAAAGAAUCUACUAAAUGGCCAUUAAUGAUAGAUCCACAAUUAUAAGCUAAUUAAUGGAUUAAAAAUAUGGAAGAUAGUAAAUAUUUACUUAUUUUAAAUGCAAAUUAACCAACAUAAUAAAUUUAAUUAUAAUUAGAACAUGGAAUUUAAAUUGGUUAUGCAGUUUUAUUAGAAAAUGUAGGAUAAACACUAGAUCCAUUAUUUGAAUCAUUAUUGUAAUAAAAUGCAAAAUCUAGAUCAAAAAGAGCAACAAUGAAAUUAGGAGAUAAAAUUAUAGAUAUAUCUUCUGAUUUUAGAUUCUAUAUGACUACUAAAUUAAGUAAUCCUCAUUUUUAACCAUAAGUAUGUGUUAUGGUUAAUAUGCUUAUAUUUUAAGUUACUUAAGAUGGUUUAGUUGAUUAAUUACUAAAUAUUGUUGUUAAAAUUGAUGAACCAUAAAAAGAAGAACAGAGAUUAAAAAAUAUAUAAUAAUAUUUUUAAAAUAAAGAUAAGUUAAUGUAAACUGAAACUUUAAUAUUAAAAUUACUUUCAGAAUCGACUGGAGAUCUUUUAGAAAAUGAAGAUUUAAUCUAAACACUUUCUAAAUCAAAAGAUGAGAGUAUAGCUAUUGAAGAAAAGUUAAAAAGUUUGGAGUAUGAUAGAAUAAGUUUUAUGCAAAUUAGACAAUUCUAUAAAUAAGCAGCUGAAAAAGUUGCCAAUCUUUAUUUCAUAUUAAAUGAUUUAGCUGUUAUAGAACAUACUUAUAUUUGGUCUUUAGAAUUUUAUUUUUUGCUUUAUACAAGAUCUAUUAGAGAAUCAUAAAAUGAAAAGCUGAAAAGAAAUUAAAAUAUAAUUGAUAAAUUUUUAUAAAUUUUAUACACUUAAAUUAAUAGAUCACUAUUAGAGAAAGAUAAACUUAUUUUUAGAUUCUUAUUAUAUGUAAAGAUGAUGAAUAUACCAACUGAAUUAAUAAGAGCUACUGUUAUGGGAUGUACUUUAACGAUUUCUGAUGUAUAAAUGCCUAAAGGAUUUACAUGGUUAACUAAUAAAAUGUGGUUAGAAUUAGUUGAUUUAUCAAAAUCAUUUCCAAAUAUAUUUGGUAAUGUUUGUUCAGAUUUUGUAUCCUAAAAAUAAUUUUGGGAUAGCUUUUAUAGCAGUUCUAAUUCUUAUGAGUUAUAAAUAAGAGGAUUAGAUUAAUUCUAAAUGAAUAUGCUUGUGAAAAUUAUAAAACCUGAAUAAUUUAUAUCAGCUACUAAUGAAAUGAUUAAAUAAUAAAUGGGUAAUCUAUUUCUAGAAAACAUACCAACUACUUUUGAAUAAUUCUAUUUUGAAUCUGAUUCUAAAAUUCCUUUGCUUUGCAUCAUUACUCCAGGAGCAGAUCCAAGAUAAGAAAUCAUUAAAUUAGCAACUAAAUAUGAUUUUAAUGAUCGAUUUAACCAAAUCUCUUUAGGAUAAGGAUAAAAUUAAUUAGCUAUUAAAAUGAUUUUAAAUGCUAUGUAAUAAGGUACAUGGGUUUUAUUGUAAAAUUGUCAUUUAGCUUCUACUUUUAUGCCUGAACUUGAAAACUUAUUUGAAAUCCAAUAUAAAAAGGAAGUGAAUUGCGAUUUUAGAUUAUGGUUGACAUCUCAACCAACUUCAAUAUUACCACAUAAUGUAAUAUUAAGAUCUCUCAAAAUUACAUAUGAAUUACCAAGAGGUCUUAAAAAUAAUAUGUUAAGAUCAUAUUAAUAAUAAGAAUCAGACAAAUUUGAAUAAUCAAAAAAAAUAAAAGAAUGGAAAAAUCUAUUUUUUUCUUUAUCAUUAUUGCAUGCAUGUUUAUUAGAAAGAAAGAAAUAUGGGCCUUUAGGUUGGAAUAUAGGAUACAAUUUUUCAUAACAUGAUUUUGAAAUAUCUAAAGAAUAAAUUCAUUAUUUUUUAGAAACUUAUUAGGAUGUUCCAUGGGAUGCUUUAAAUUAUUUAAUUGCUGAAAACAAUUAUGGUGGAAGAGUUACAGAUCCAAUGGAUAGAAAAUUAUUAAAAAUUUAUGUUAAUGAUUUCAUCAAUUCAAAAACCAUUCAAUAAGAUUAUUAAUUUUAUGAUAUUUAUUAGAUUCCUUAAUAAAUGAGAUUAUAAGCAUAUAUGGAUUACAUUUCUUAAUUUCCAAUAAAUGAUCCACCUUAAUUAUUUGGUUUACAUUAAAAUGCUGAAAUAUAUUCAUCAAUUUUAGAAACUGAUAAUUUAAGUUAAAUUAUUUUACAAUUACUUCCUAGAACUUAAAGUGAUUCUAAUUAAAAUCAUCCAGACUAAAUUGUUUAUAAUAAAAGUUAAGAAAUAUUAAAGAAUUUGCCUUAACUUUUAGAUAAUCAACUUGCUAAAUUAAAAUUUUAAUAAAUUUUAGAAAAUCCUUUAAAUGCUAUAAUUCAUUAAGAAAUAUCUAAAUACAAUAGAUUAUUAACAAAAAUAUCAGAAUCUUUAAGUAUACUAAUUUAAGCAUUAGAUGGUUUUAUUAAUAUUUCUGAUUAAUCAAUAGAUAUAUAUAAUUCUAUAUUUGAUAAUAGAAUUCCAGAAUAAUGGUUAACUUAUUCUUAUUUAACAACAAAAUCUUUAGGAUCUUGGUUUAGUGAUUUAAUUAAAAGAACUCAAUUUAUUUAUUAAUGGAUAAAUUAAGGUCAACCUAAAAUAUUUUGGUUAGGAGGAUUUUUUUUUAUUUAAGGAUUUCUAACUGCUGUUUUAUAAACAUAUUCAAGAAAAUCAAAAGUCCCUAUUGAUCAAUUGAAAUUUGAAUUUAAUUUUUUUUCUUAACCACCAUAAAUUAUAAAAAGUGGUGUUUGUGUUGAUGGAAUAUCAAUAGAUGGAGCUUAAUUUGAUUUUUAAGAGUAGACACUUAUCGAACCUUAAAAUAAUGUACUUUUUUAUCCUUGUCCUAUAAUUAACUUUUGCCCAACAUAAUAAAGAAAAAUUAUUAAAAAUUAUUCUUGUCCACUUUAUAAUACAACUUAAAGAAAGGGAAUACUUACUUCAAAUGGAAUCUCAGUUAAUUUCAUUUGUAAAAUUAAAAUACCAAUUAAUAAUAACAAAAAUCAUUGGUCUAAAAGAGGAGUAGCAUUUAUUGUAUAAGCUAAUUGA